AUGCUCGCAGCGCACUCCCGUGGUCCCUUGCAACACACCGUGUCGCAUGUCGCGAGCUCCACCCACCUCCGCGCAAGCCCCGCGCACACCACUGCAGAACUCCAUUUAAACCCGAACGCCCAUUUCCAAAGCCCCGCCUGCGCGUACGACCAGAGCGCUUUUAUACUCCCGACCCUUAGGCUGUCUCAUCUCGCGCCUUUUCCCCCAUCGUCUCUGCUCUCGUCUUCCGCGUACUUGGUUUCGUCACCACUCCGCGCAUCUCGCCGCGUUUCCCGAUCGGGGUCGCGCAGUCUCCGAGCGCCCGUGGCGCGGAGAGACGACGCGUCGGCAGCGGAGUCGGCGACGGCGCAGCGGAGCACUGCAGCCUCUCGCGCGCGCGCACAAGGGGCGCGGGUUGGCGGACGAGGUGACAUUUCAAGCGGAGGAAGUAGUACCGGAAGCGGGGGCAGUGUUCCGCGCGCGGGCGGCGCAAGCGGCGCGGGAAGAGCGGGGGAAUCUCAACGAAGAAACUCGGGGUCCAGAGAGAACGCGGGAGGAUCUAGGGGCUCCGGUGAAGCCGCGAGGGGCGGAGGAGAGGUUCAGAGGCGCGCGGGAAGCGGAGGGGAGAGCGGCGGAGGGGUUGAGGGGCGAGGGCGGGGGCGGGCGGUGCGGCUGCUGUCGGAUCUGUGUCUGCUGCAUGACUUGAGCCUGGGCGACAGUGGGCCUGAAGUUGCUGACGUGCAGACCGCACCUAUACACGCUCACCCCCUUCCCUCUCUUCCCAUUCCCACCCUUUCCCCCUCCCCCCUUGGCCUCCCCUCUCCUCCACUUAUCCCUGCCCGCCUUCUCUCUCCUGACGCACAGAGCGCUCUGCUCCACUUCGGCUUCUUCCCGGAUGCUUCCUUGGUGACCGGGUUCUUCGGGCCGAUAACGCGGGCGAGCAUAGAGCAGUUCUUCGGGCAGAUAACGCGGGCGAGCAUAGAGCAGUUCUUCGGGCCGAUAACGCGGGCGAGCAUAGAGCAGUUCUUCGGGCCGAUAACGCGCGCGAGCAUAGAGCAGUUUCAGGAGGAGCACGGGGUGCCUGUGAGCGGCAAGUGGGACGAGCCCACGCGCACCACCAUGUGCCGUAAAGUGCGCGACCAGCAGCACGCGGCAGCGAGGGCUGCAAGGCAUCGGCAGGAAUGGAGAACCGCAGCAGGUGAGGUGGCUGGGGGGAGUUUGGAGGAGGGGAGGGGAGGGGAGCAUCGUCUGUCUGGUCCUGUGGGUGUAACGGAUCCUGUGCUGAUUCCCGUGUGGGAUGGUGGUGAGACGGGCCGUAGUGGGGAAAGUCUUGUUGGCACAGCAGGAAUAUCAAGAGGUAGAAAUGGAGGAACAGGAGGAGCAGGAGGAACAGAAGGAAGAGGAGGUAGAGGGGAAGAUGGUAGAAUGGGAGUGGCAGGCGCAACUGCUGCAAAUGGAGGAGCAGGAGAAGUGUGUGGAAGAGAAAGAAGAGGGAAAGCAGCGGGCAUAGAAGGAAAAGAAGGGGUUGCAGCACUGGCAGGGGUGGCAGCGAGUGGUGGUGUUUGGGGCGCGAGUGAGGCAAAGGAGGGAGUGACGGAUGGAGAGGACGUGCGGAGGGGCGGUGAGGAGACAUGGAUAGGUGGGGAGGAGGACGAAAUAGAGGAAGGGAGUACGGAUGAUGCAGUGAACGAUGGAGAGAAAGAGGGAGAGGAAGAAGGAGAGAAAGAGGGAGGGAAAGAGGGAGAGGAAGAGGUAGAGAAAGAGGGAGAGAAAGAGGGAGAGAAAGAGGGAGAGAAAGAGGGAGAGAAUGUGAAAGCGGAAGAGGAGGAGCGCGGGGUAGGGACAUCGGCAGUGGAAGUAAGAGAGGAGGAAGGGGGGGUGAAAGCGGAAGGCAGGGUGGGAGGCGAAGCAGCAAAGGCAAGCGAGAGGGCUUCGGCAUGCACAGAUGAGCAUGGCAUGUUGAAUGAAGUGUGGGCGCAGGGGCAGACUGGAAGAACCGAGGAGGAGAAAGUGGGUUUGGAGCAGGUAGAGAGAGUGGGCGAUGCAAUUGGAGAUGCAGUGGGGAGGAAGGAAGAGGAGGAGGAGGAGGAGGAGGAGAUUGUGCAGAGGGUUGGUGGCGAUGUGAUUAGGUUAAUCAAUUGCAUUGAAGAUGUGGCGACUGUGGCUGUGACCGGAGACACAGAGGGUGGUGAAGGGUUGAUGGCAGGUGGAGAUGAUAUGCUGACAGGAGUGCAGGGAACACCCGUGGAGGGGAGUGGUGACACGUGUGCGAGUGGGAAUGAGAGUGAGGGCAUGGAGGAGAGUGAGAGUGUGAAAGAGAGUGAGACAGCAGGUAAGGAGGAAGAGGCUGGUACAGGUUCGGUGCAUGGUAGUGGGAGCGGGGGCGAGGAUUUAUGCUGUGACAGUGAGCUGGGAGAGGGGGAGAGCAGAAAAGGGGGGGGAGAGGGCGAGGGGGAGGGUGGUGAUGAGCUUGUGAGCGGGAAAGGAGUUUUGGAGGCGAGGGGGGAGGUGGAAAAGAGAGAAGGGGAGGUGAAGGGGAGUGGGGAGGUGGAGGAGGGUGCAGGAGUGGUAGUGGAGGCAGGAGAGGUGGAAGAGGGAAAAAACGAGGUAAAAGGAGAAGAGCAGGUGGAGAGAGACGAGGAGAUAAAAGAGAAAGGAGAGGUGCAGCGAGAAGAGGAGGUGGAGAGAGACGAGGAGAUAAAAGAGAAAGGAGAGGUGCAGCGAGAAGAGGUGGAGAAAAGUGAAGGAGCGGAGCAGGGGAAGACAGAGGUGGAGGAGGGUGUAGGAGACGUGAUAGGGAAAAUGGAGUUGAAGGAGGGAGAAUGGGAGGUGGGAGAGGAGGGAGAGAGCGACGGAAAGGUGACAGUGGAAGGAGAAAUGAAGGGGAUCGAAGAAGGGAUGGUGGACCGAGAUGUGAUGAUAGGGGGUGAGGACGUCAUGGGUGAGUGUGAAAGCACUGGAGUGAGUGAGAGUGGUGGGGUGUUGGUGGUGACAGAAGGGGGAAGACAGGGAGAGGGAGCCGGAAAGGGAAUAGAAGAGGGAGUGGGGGGAGAGGGAGAGGGAGCGGGAGAGGGAGUAGAAGAGGGAGUGGGGAAAGAGGGAGAGGGAGCGGAAGAGGAAUUUACAGCAGGCACAGGGGAAGAGGAGGUGGGUGUGAGGUUCAUGAGUGUCGAUGACAGUGUUGGCGGCAAUCGUGGUGAUGGUGUGGCAGCGUUGCACGCAGGAAAGACGUUGGGGGGAGGCCGUGCUGCUAGGGAUGGUGCUGUGGGGAAGGAUGAGGAGGAAGGAGAUGAAUGGGAAGGUGUGUGGGCCGAUGGCGUGUGGUGUGAGUUGGAUGAAUGGGCAGAGGAGGAGGAAGAGGUGGGUGAUGGUGGUGAUGACGUUGUUAAUGCAGUGGGUGGUGGUGGUGCGGGUGUGGACGAUUGGAUACUUGCAGGUGCGGCAUUGGGUGAGGGAGGAAAAGGAGGAGGAGGAGGAGGACGGGAAGGAGAGGGAGGAGGGGAAGGAGGAGAGGGGAGGGAAGUGGUGGACGGGGUAGCGUUGCAUGGGCAGGAGGCUGGGAAGGCAGCAGCUGCAGGCUGUGUUGGUAAUGGUGCUGAUGGCGCUGGUGAUGCUGAUGGCACUGGUGAUGCUGAUGGCGCUGGUGAUGCUGAUGGCGCUGGUGAUGCUGAUGGCGCUGGUGAUGCUGAUGGCGCUGGUGAUGCUGAUGGCACUGGUGCUGCUGAUGCCACUGGUGCUGCUGAUGCCACUGGUGCUGCUGAUGACACUGGUGACAGUGAGAGGGUGAGCAAGGAGAGGAAGGAGGGGGAUGGGGUGAGAGCGGUAAGCGACGCGGGCACAGGAAUCAGUGGUAAGGUACAGGAGAAGGAGCUUGGUUCUUCUGGGGUCACUGGUGGGGAGAAGGAAGCAGCAGGGAAGAUAGGGGAGCAGCAGGCAGAGGUGGCAGGGACGGUGGGGGAGCAGGCAGUGGUGGCAGCAGCGGGUGAGGAUGGCAUGGGUGUGGCGUUCAAGGAGACGGGUGAUGGUGCUGUGGAGCUGUGGUGGUGGCAGGUGGACGGGUGGGACAUGGGGGAGGAGAGUGAGGGCGGUCGGGGGUAG